GGGUUAAAAGGGAAGGUCCGGCCUGGGGUCCCCCGGCAGAGGAUUCUGGCGGCCCACACGGCAGGGCAGAGGCACAUCUGGGUCCCCUCCCUCCUUCCGAUCGGAGACUCCCAGGUCCUGGCCAUGAGACCCCCGCACCGCCGCCUCUCCGCUGCCUCUGGCGCUUGGGCCCUGGCGAAGCUGCUGCUGCCGCUGCUGAUGGCGCAACUCUGCGCCGCGGAGGAGGUGCCGCUCCCUGGAAACGACACCGGCUCGGACCCCGCACCCUCCGGCGCCCCGUGCGCGCGCGGCUCACAGCCCUGGCAGGUCUCCCUCUUCAAUGGCCUCUCGUUCCACUGCGCGGGCGUCCUGGUGGACCAGAACUGGGUGCUUACGGCCGCGCACUGCUGGAACAACAAGCCACUGUGGGCUCGAGUUGGGGAUGACCACCUGCUGCUUCUCCAGGGCGAGCAGCUGCGCCGGGCCGUUCACGCCGUUAUCCACCCCAAGUACCGCCAGGGCUCGGGCCCCAUCCUGCCAGGGCGAACAGACGAGCACGACCUCAUGCUGCUGAAGCUGGCCAGGUCCGCUGUGCUGGGGCCCGGCGUCCAGACCCUGCAGCUGCCCUACCGCUGUGCCCAGCCCAGAGACCAGUGCCAGGUGGCUGGCUGGGGUACCACGGCCACCCGAAGAGUGAAGUACAACAGGGGCCUGACCUGCUCCAGGGUCACUGUCCUGAGCCCUAAAGAAUGUGAGGUCUUCUACCCCGGUGUGGUCACCAACAACAUGAUAUGUGCCGGACUGGACCAGGGCCAGGACCCUUGCCAGAGCGACUCAGGCGGCCCCCUGGUCUGCGACAAGACCCUGCAGGGCAUCCUGUCAUGGGGAGUUUACCCUUGCGGAUCUGCCCAGCAUCCGGCCGUCUACACCCAGAUCUGCAAAUACAACACCUGGAUCAGGAGAACUAUCCGCUCCAGCUGA